AUGUACUCGGAAGAGGGGAACGCGUACACGCUGACUUUGAUCAACGCCGCCCUCUUUGCGCUUUCCUUUGUUUUUUACGUGGAACUGCAGCAUCAACAGGCCAUGGAGCGGGGCGAGACCCCAACGCCGCUUCUCCAGCAUGUGUUGAGGCUUGGAAGGCAGGUUCUUCCCCUCGUUGCCGUGAUUAUUCUUCUUUCCCCCACCCUGCAGACCCUCACGGCCACCUACAGCAAUGACACUAUUGUCGCCCUUAGCACCUUUGCCAUGUGCCUUCAUGUGCUCUUAACGGACUACAACUACCUGAACUGCAACACGGAAAAAUGCAAACAAAAUACGGCGGUUAGUGCAGCAACAUUUGGGACAAUUCUCGUGGCCUCGCGUAUUCAAAGCUUUUUUCGUAGUGGCGCCCUGAUCACAUUUGGUAUUCUCUGCUUUGCGCUUUCGCCCAUUCCAAGGCAUCACCUCAAGCGCACGUCUGCGACGGCGCAUGUAGGACUCACAUUUGCGCUUUGUGGGUUAGCCGCUGGGUGCCUGAUGCAGGUGCCUAUGUUUGCUGUACUGUACUGCCUCUUGGUGGUGGCCGUGUCUUUAGCUAUCCCAUGGUGUUUUGUGACGCUGCAUGGGAGCAUGAAGAAGCAAAUUAACGGUCCAUGGGAUGAGGCAAAACCAACCAAUAGCGCCGCAGCAGCAGAGUGGGCAAACGCCGGCCUGCUGCGUUGA